AUGUUGCUGACAUGGUUUGUUAAAGUUCUCAUUCUUGGAGUAAUUCUCAGUUCUGACACGUGUAGUGGGGCAGAUCCAACAUGCAAGGCUACGAGUAACUGGUUCGGAACAAAGUGUCGGUUCAAAUGCCACUGUGUUAACAACACUGCAUGUGACAACAACGGUGUAUGUUCGUCAGGGUGUGAAUACGGAUGGUUCGGUCCAUCUUGUCAGUACGUGGAUUUGGUGUCAACAUAUUCAAAAUCGCCAACGCCAUCUUGGGUUUAUGACUCUCCAGACACGAGCUGUAGUCCAGACCAGGAUACGGUUACAGUUUCCUUGAACAGCACAUUCUAUUUUACCUGGCUCAGAUUGUAUUUUAAGGAAUCAGUCAGUUCUCAAGACUUCCACAUUCAACUGAUGCUCGCUAACCAGACCUUUGUAACGUGUAGGAACAUGUACACAUCCAAGAUCAAUGAUACAAUACUGGACGUUAAUUGUUUACCGGGGCAAUUUUUUCAGGACCUCGUUGUUAGCGGGGAUGGUGUCAAAUCUUUGUGUACAGUAUUUGUAAGUGGAGGACGCAAUGUUGCACUGGGACAAGAUACUAAACAAACAUCUGUAUUCGAGGGUAUGAAUUCUUCGCGUGCUGUAGACGGGGAUAGAAGUCCCGAAUAUAAAGAUAAUAGCUGUGCCCAUACUAACAAUUACGACAGCACACCAACGUGGACACUGACUUUCGGAUUGCCACAUAUCAUAAACAGAUACCUCUUAUUCAACAGAAACAUUCUACAAGAAAGACUCCGAGGAUUUUUUCUUGAAGCCGAUCAAGAGAACGGAAAUGUAGCAUUUACUUACACUGAGCCGACCAACACCGACCAAAGCCUGUACAUAGUCCAGUCUGAUUAUGCACAGAUACCAGUAUCAAGCGUCAAAAUUGUUGCCAAAGACAAACAGUCCUUCCAAGGCUAUACAAUCUUGACCCUCUGCGAGGUGGAGAUGUACGGCGACGUGGUGUGUCUAGCAGGACAAUACGGAAGAGAAUGUCAGAACAGCUGCAUAUGCCCUAAGGAUAGGAACAACUGUUUUGUCAGUACUGGAGGAUGUCCUUCAGGUUGUGCUGCCGGCUACCAAGGGGAAGGAUGUCAGACUACUUGUGGUCAAACAUACUUCGGAGUUGACUGCUCACAGAAAUGCAGCACUAACUGUACUGGCCAGCUCUGUCAACCAACUAACGGAACCUGCCUGUCUUGUCAGUCAGGAAAACAGGGACCACUCUGUGACACAGACUGUGAUGCAAAAUUGUGGGGAGAUAACUGUACCAUGUCAUGCAGCGUUGACUGUAAGGACCAGUUAUGUAACCCUGUUAACGGAGCUUGCUUUUCUUGUGUUGCUGGCAAAUCUGGGGAUAACUGCAGCAAAGCAUGCCCUUUCCCGACGUUUGGUGAACAUUGCAACAAUACAUGCAGCAAAAACUGCUCAGGCCAGUCAUGUGACUCUGUUAAUGGAAAAUGUGUAUCAUGUGUGCAAGGGUCCAUCGGUGAAUAUUGCGAUCACAUGAUGCUAGUAAAUCAAGCGGAUGAUUCUCCACCUGUAGCUGCAAUAGUGGGGCCAGUGGUUGCUUUUGUUGUACUGGUUGCACUGAUUGUUAUUGGUGUGCUAAUCUGGAGGAGACGGAGCCACAAAAAGGAUGUCCCUGAGACAACACUUCCACACAGAUCUCAGAACUAUUCUGAAAUUGACAAUAUUCGAACGGGGCUAUCAACUGCUUUGACGACGACACCAGACGAAAUUGUGACCGGGCAAACAAAAUCAAAACCUUCCGUAAUGAAGAAGCCAACCGGCAGCCGAGACAUGGACAGCCAGGCAAACCAUCUCAGGGGCAACUACUACAAUCAGGUUCCAGGUCGCUGUAAAACAGCCAUUAGAUUUGACGAACUUGAUAACUUUAUGGCCACACACGGAAAGGAGUUCUUUCAGGAGCAGUUCAAGCGAAUUCCAGCAAACACCAGUGCAACAACAACGGUAGCCCUGAGUCCGGAAAAUGUGAACAAAAACAGAUACAAGAAUAUCAGUGCGUAUGACCAUUCACGUGUCCAUCUACAGACUGACGUCUUGAAGAACCAUGGUGAUUACAUUAAUGCUUCAUAUAUCGAUGGUUUUCAGCAAAAGAAACAAUUUAUAGCUUCACAGGGUGCCACAAAGAUUAUUUUGGAAGACUUUGUCCGUAUGCUGUGGGAACAAGAGGUUGAGGUGGUUGUCAUGCUGACAAGUCUUGUCGAGGAUGGCAAGCUAAAGUGCGAGCAGUAUUGGCCCAACGAUGGGGAAAUCACCAUUGGCGAGCUUACAGUCAAGCUUACAACCACACAAGUGUUCGCUGACUACACCAUCAGGAGACUGUGUCUUUAUAAGGGAAAAGCCCUACCUGUGCAGGUACUGACACAUUUCCACUUCACAACCUGGCCAGACAAAGAUGUCCCAACAACCGCCUGGGGUCUUGUGGAUUUUGAGCAGCGGGUGGCUGCUAUUUCCACAAGUAAACCCAUCGUUGUCCACUGCAGUGCCGGCGUGGGACGUACAGGCACGUUCAUUGCUCUACACAACACCCUGGAGCAGAUCAAACAUACCGGAUACUUGGACGUCUUCACAACAGUUCAGAAACUCAGGCAAGACAGAAUUAACAUGGUGCAGACCUUUCAACAGUAUGAAUUCCUGCACAAAGCUGUACAGAUAGCCAUGGUAUGUAAGGGGACUACAGUGACCACUCGUGAUUUACGAGACAGGAUUCAAACCCUUGAUUUCUCUGAGUCAGGCCAAUCCAACCUGGAAAAGGAAUUCAAGUCAGUAUGUCUGGUUUGCUGUGAGGAUGAACAACACGAAAGGGAAGAAGUUCAGGAAAGCAACACUUACUGUAACAGUCGUCUGCUGACUAAUAAAAUAAAAAACCGACUGGACAAUGUUUUGCCAAAGGAAUACUACAGACCAGUACUGAGAUGUGAAACCGAGGAACUGGAAAAUUAUAUCAACGCAGUGUUAAUUCCGAGCUGUGAAAAACAUGACCACCAGAUUCUCACCCAGUUGCCAUUACCGACAACAGUCAUCGAUUUUUGGCGGCUUGUGACCCAGUACAAGGUGACUGUAAUAGUGGCGUUUGAGAGGGAUCAGAGCACCGUCGACACGACAAUUGGUGAUUAUUUGCCCGAAAGCGACGAUGAAACAAAAACUUGUUCGUUUCUCAACAUCAGAACCACAGGACUGGAUUCUUGUGAUACCUGGGACACGCAUAGAAUUACAGUCAGUGUCAAUGAAGAACAUGGAUCGAAGCCAGCAAACCUGCCCUUCAAGGGAGAAUAUCGUCUCUCACAUCUUUCAUGGAAAAGCAAAGAUCUUGAGCCCCAAAAUCUGUUGAACUUGAUGGAAAAAAUUCGGUCCAUGAAACCAGUCGGCGAAGGAAGAACGUUGUUCACAUGCAGAAACGGUGCUGAGUUGAGUGGACUGGCGUGCACGAUGUCUCUCCUGCUGGAUCGCUUGGACAACGACCAGCAUGUAUGUGUGCCUCUUGUGGUCGGCACACUCAAGGCUAUUAGACCUCAGAUCAUUCCAACUCUGAAACAGUACAGACUUCUAUACCAAACAUUAAAUCUCUUCAAUGAAACAAAUAAUGAAUACAACAAUGUCGGCACAGCAUGA